AUGAAACGUUUAUUAAUAUUGGAUUUGAAUGGUAUUCUUAUACAUCGCAUAUAUAAAAAAGAUUAUAUAAAAUAUCAAAAGUUAUUUCAAAAUGAAUUUAACAAUUUUACUCUAACGCAACCUCGCUUCAAAGGUAAUUUUUGUAUUUGGUUUCGACCCAACGUGCAACAGUUUAUUUCCUGGUGCUUAGAACAUUUUAAUGUAGCCAUAUGGUCAUCGGUGCAAAAACACAAUAUGGAACCAUUGCUUGAAACUUUAUUACCGACUGAAGAUGACCGUUCGAAAUUAUUAUUCUGGUGGCAUCAAGAAAAUUGCCUCAUGGAGGAAAAUUCAAAUAAAAACGAGGCAGGAAAACAAUCAACAUCAUUCUACAAGGUGUUGGAUGAAGUCUGGAAACGUGUAGAUUUAGAAGAAAAAUGGUUAAUAGAGCAACCAGGUGAAAACUGGCGUCAACAAACAUUAAUGAUUGACGAUAAUAAGACAAAGGUACGUGAUAAUCCACAAUUUACAUCCAUUCAUCCUCGUACCUGGAAACUAUUUGACAUCAUUGAGUCAACAGGUGACGAAUCGGCAAAAUUAAAAAUCUAUGAUGAUCACACAUUGGAAGAUGAUGGUCCUUUGAAAAAGUGGCUACAGCAAUUACUCGAAUGGAAGGGCAGUGUACCUGAAUAUGUUGAACAGCAUCCAUAUGUUGACCCACCGAUCAAAGAGAAAACAACGGAUUGGGAUGAUGAUUGA